UUUUCUUCGUUUGGACCCGUUCACCCUCAUCGUGAACCUUCAACCUCUCUCUCUCUCACCAUGAGCAUCGCAGCUCUCUCGCCCCUGAGCCCAGAGCUCCCCUCCCCUGUCUUCAUGUCGAUGACUCCGGUCUCUCCCACUCUGGACUCAGACUGCUCCAGGUCUGGUCUGGCUCCUACCAUCGUGGAUCAGUCCCAGKGCGGAGCCACCUCAGGUCCUGGUCCCAGCCGGGGCUGUCUCACAGKGGGAGGAGCUAACAUGGACUUUUCUCGCAGGACCCAGAAACCUCCUCCUCUCCACACUGGAGCAGACUGGAAGGUGGUCCUUCAUCUGCCGGAGAUUGAGACGUGGCUGAGGGCGACSAGCGAGCGUGUCGCUCAGCUGAGCCACUCUGUGGGACAAGAUGUGGACAGCAGACAUGUGGACGUCCACCUGGUCCAGCUCAAGGACAUCUGUGAGGACAUCUCGGACCACGUGGAGCAGAUCCACGCCCUGCUGGAGACAGAGUUCUCCCUGAAACUUCUCUCCUACUCUGUGAACAUCAUCGUGGACAUCAGAACUGUGCAGCUGCUGUGGCACCAGCUCAGAGUGUCGGUUCUGGUCCUGAAGGAGCGUCUGCUGCAGGGUCUGCAGGAUUCAAACGGAAACUUCACCCGUCAGACGGACAUCCUCCAGGCCUUCAGCCAGGACCAGCACCAGACCCGACUGGAUGCUCUGACGGAKGUUGAUGACAGCGGUCAGCUGACCAUACGCUGCAGCCAGGACUACUUUUCUCUGGAYUGUGGGAUCACUGCCUUUGAGCUGAGUGACUACAGUCCGAGUGACGAGCCAGAGGUCCGGAGAACUGAAGACCCCCCACAGGAGACCAGUCCCACCCGAGACUCCAGUCACAAACUUCACAACAGUUUACCAGAACUCUCAGAAAACCUCAACCAUUCUCUGUCUAAACUACCCACAAUGCAAUGUGGCAUGUCCAACCAGAGUGAAGGUCCAAAGCGUCGUCUUCAGGGCGUGAGUCUGAGCACCCAGGUGUCUCCGACACGUCCCUCACUUCCUAAGAGAGCUGCCUUGUUCUCCAGCAGAGGAACCAAGGUGGAGGACUCAAGAGGAAGUCAUAAAAAGAUGAAAAAUUUCUCUGAGCUUCAUCUUUAUGGUGAGCUCAGCCAAAGCACGCCAUCUCUCGUGGAUCCCCCAGACCGCUCCAAGUUCUGGCUGGAACUGGACUCAGUUUACCCUGAAAAUGUCUCUCAGUCYUACGAGAGUUUGCAG